GCUGGUGCUCAAACACCACUGCUGGGAUGUUCGCGAGCAGCCUUGGGCAUUGCCGCAGCAAGUGGGCCGGAGACGCCUUGCCGUGCCAGAGACGGAUGCUGAUCGGCUGAUCAAGUUCGGAAACGUCUGGGAUCUCGAGAACCCACGACGAGGUCGAACAGUCUGGAUGGUAUCGCAUCCGUUCAAAGGACGGACCAAAAGCGAAAUCCGGAUGAAGAGGCGAGUGGUGCAGCGCCAGUCCGACAUCCGCCGAAGACGAGCACGGCAAUGGCAUGAGGAGAACGACGAAGAGCGGGGUUAUGAGACGGACUUGAACGACGAUGAGCGGGGUUAUGAGGCGGACUUCGAUUGA